GGACAAAGAGACACUCAGUCCGCCUCCCAGCCGGAUUACACCAGACCAGAACCAGAACAGACCUGGUGGUGCAGGGUGGACAUGGAGCGCCUUGGGUUCCUCCUCCUGCUCUGUGGGCUUCUUCACCAGGGUUCUGGACUUCGCUGCUUUAAGUGUUCUGACUACACAGGCCGCUGUGAGAACGUCCAGGAGUGCACGUAUGAAGACUCCUGCAUCUCUCUGAGUGAGAGAGGUGGGAAGACCAUCCGCCAGUGUAUCCGCUACACCGACUGCGAUAACUCACGCCUCUCCCAGAUGUUCCCGGCGGUGUCGGGCUUCACGUACCGCUGCUGCAGCAGCAACCUCUGCAACGCCGCCGCGCCGCCGCCUGUCCUGGUCCUGGGUCUGGGUCUGAGCCUGCUGAGCCUCUGGUGGUCCUUGGUUUGAAGUCCACUGAGUAGUUCGAUUUGAGUUAACGCCAACUAAAAUGAGUGUUCUUUUGCUUGUCAGGUCAAUAAAAAAUGACGUUUUCUUUUUAUACCUUUUUUUAAUUUUAACAAUAAAUACCACAAAACACAA